CAUAUACCAAACUACCUUAACUAAAAAUGGCUCAAAAGCCCUUUAUCCUAUUAACAAUAUUCUUUGUUUCCUUAACCAUUGCAAGAGCAGGUCGUCAUCUCAGCGCCACAUCCAAUUCAUCAAACAGUCUAGUGCACGAUGGAAUUAAGCCGUCGCUCUUGUUGGCAUCAAAUGUUGUCGAGUUAUGUGAGCAAACUUACGGGUUCUUGCCGUGCACUAAUACUGUCUUUGGAAAUCUGUUUUUGAUUAUGGUAUAUGGAUACCUUAUGUUUCUUGCGGCUACUUAUUUAUCUGCGGGUAGUGAGCUAAUGUUGGAGAUUUUGGGACCGGGUAUCGUUGGUGGUCUGUUUCUUCCCAUUCUUGGUGCUCUUCCGGAUGCUAUGCUCAUACUCGUAUCUGGACUAUCUGGAACCCCGGAAAUAGCUCAAGACCAAGUAUCUGUUGGUAUGGGAUUAUUAGCUGGUUCGACGGUCAUGCUUUUAACGGUUAUAUGGGGAUCCUGCAUCAUUCUAGGAAAAUGUGAUAUACAAGACUCAAUCGCAAUCGAUAAUCAAGAUACAAAAGGAUUCAGCUUAGUAGGGUCUGGUGUGAGCACUGAUAUAUGGACAAGCUAUUCUGCGAUGAUAAUGGCUGUGUCCGUGCUUCCAUUUAUAGUUGUUCAAUUCCCACAGAUUAUACAUUCAACCUCUGGAAGACAAUUAGCCAUUUUAAUCGGUCUUACGUUCUCUAUUUUUCUUCUCAUUGCAUACUGCAUUUAUCAGGUGUAUCAACCUAAUAUACAGAAGCGGCGCAUUGCUUUUGCCAAGCAUAAGCAUGUGAGGUCUGGAAUUCUCAAGUACUUGAAAACAAAUGCAUAUGGAGGACUUUUAGAUGAUCACGGCCAACCUAACCGAGAAGUUCUGCACAAACUAUUUAAGUCGGUUGAUGUGAAUGAAGACGGGCACCUUUCACAAUCUGAACUAAGAGCACUAGUUGUGGGAAUGCAAUUAAAUGAGAUAAAUUUAAAUGCAGAUGAUGCUGUUUAUAAACUCAUGAAGGAAUUUGACACAUCCGGAGAUGAAGAAGUAGAUUUUGAAGAGUUUAUAACUGGAAUCGCGAAUUGGAUUGAGGAGGCCAGACAUACCAAAGUAGUUUCCCCUGUUUCUGAUCCUGACGAUACAAAUUAUAUUCAUGACUAUUACGAGGAAACAAAGAGAGAACAUUACCUUUUGGGAGAUGAAGGCGGCGGUGAAGAUGAAGAGAAUAGUGUAGAUGACCCUCGUUGGACCACGAUAAAAUCUGUGCUUUUUCUGUUACUGGGAACAAUAAUUGCUGCUAUAUUUGCUGAUCCUCUAGUAGAUGCUGUUGAUGGUUUCUCUUCUGCUACAAGUAUCCCACCUUUCUUCAUCUCAUUCAUAGUGUUGCCAUUAGCAACCAACUCUAGUGAAUCUGUUUCAGCAAUCAUCUUUGCUUCUCGCAAAAAGCAAAGAUCCGCCUCUUUAACUUUUUCAGAGUUAUAUGGUGCAGCAACAAUGAAUAAUCUACUUUGCUUAUCAGUAUUCUUAGCCCUAGUUUACGUGCGAGGACUGACAUGGGAUUUUUCAUCAGAAGUGCUUGUUAUUGUGAUUGUUUGCAUUGUGAUGGGCGUUUUUGGCAGUCUGCGUACAACAUUCCCUCUAUGGACAUCUUUUAUUGCUUUUGUGCUCUACCCAUUCUCCCUUGUUCUAGUUUAUGUUCUCGACUAUUGCUUUGGUUGGUCAUAGGUUCAACCUUACGUAGUUAUAGUAGAGGUAAAAUAGAACUUAAUUAGAUCUAAAGCUAGUUAGCUAGCUAGUUGUGGACUUGUAUUUCUCACUUGGUUUGCCAUCAAUUUCUUUGUAACUAAGCUGAUAGGCAAAUUACAUAAGUUUUUGCUAUGACAGAUUUAGGAUCGGUUGUGAGCUGUUGCACAUUUCGAAAACAAUUUUGCUCACAUACUCAUGCAAUGUAUUGGAAUGUAAAGAUAUGGUUCUUUUAACUUUGUUCUUAUAAUUUGGUGUAUCAACUGCUCUCUUGUAUCAACUAAUUUGAUUUAUGAAGUACAAACUUACUUUUAGUUUUA